UCCUUGUUCGAGCUGCUCAAUAGACUCGAAGCCAAGGAGAGAGGCGGAAGGAGGAGCAGCAUGGGCUCCAUUUCUCAACCUGUAUCCAAUCUCUCCCUCGCCGCCAGCGCGCAGGCGAAGCAGCAACAACGAGAUCUGCACUGCUUCCGUAUGCCACUGCACUACCCGCGCUACACCCGAGCCGACUACGAGUCGAUGCCGGAGUGGAAGCUCGACUGCCUCCUCCGGGAGUACGGCCUCCCCGUGACCGGCGACGUCGACCACAAGAGGAGCUUCGCCAUGGGCGCCUUCCUCUGGCCCGCCCACUAAAGCCCCAUACACUUCCUCACUAUAUGUCUAUGGAGAAUGACCUGCUACUACUACUACUACUACUGCUGCUACCUUGUCAUAAAGCCAAACAGUUCUCUGUGAUGGUUAGAUGAGCUUUGCUUCACUUCCUCUGAUAGUUGAAAUAAUCAAUCAAUCAUAAGUGGCGAAGACAGAAUUCGAGUUCAAAAUCUUACGAUAAAUCAGUAAAGUUUUCA